CUGGAAUUAUUUUGUCGUCCAUGUUGGAAAUUUUGUGUCAGGCGGAAGGGAGUUGACUUGUUAUCAUUUUAUAUUUUGCUUUAAACUUCGCUAAGAAAAAAACCCACAAAAUGGUAAGAUGUUAAUGUAUAGAGCACUAAUUCACUUAGAAAGUGAGUGUAGUUUGCAUGUCUAUAAUUAUCGUAUGUUGAAGAUCUGAUGUUUUUUAUGACGACACUUCCCCAGUUGGCAUUUUAUUAAUUACAUUAUUUUUGUAUAUAUUUACUUCUAUAAUAGCCAAUAUAUGUAUUAAUUGUGCCAAUACAAACGAUUUAUUUUAGCCUGUAUAAGUUAUAGUUCUUUUAUAUGCUUUUAUGGAUUUGUAAAACUUAAGACAAACUUGUCUAAUUACAUAAAAUUCAAGUGCAAAUGUACUAACUUAAAUUCUGACACUGAUCAUACAAAACUUUUACUGAAGCGAAUGCGGUGUCAGAUUUCUAAUCCCUAAAAGAGCAGAGUUCUAUUACUUCAAUUUUGUGGAAAUAUAAUGAUAUUAGAGUUAUAUACAGAAUUUUACCUGCUGUUGUUUUCAUUAGAUUUUUAAUUGAUAUUUUAUUUGCUGUAUAAAUAGACUACAUGCACUUAUCCCUCAGUGUGAUGUCAAGUUCCAAGUUAAAAAUAUAUGCCUUACAGCUUUACUUAUACCUCCUGUUUGUGUUCUAGACGGAACGGCAACUCGACUAUGCAUUGGAUUUAAUGCGACGACUUCCACCUCAACAAAUUGAAAAGAAUCUUAGUGACUUGAUUGAUUUAGUAAGAUUCUAUUGGAAAUUGUACUAUACACAUUUAAAAGAAAAGUUUGUAUUUGAGCAAGAAAAUUAAACUACAUCUCUUCAAUUACGGGUUGAUUGCAUGUUACAAUCUUGCAGCUAAAGACAGGAACCCAGUCCCGACCUGCGAACAGGUGUUCUUUGUAGACCUUACUCUAAACAUAACCCUAACCCUACCCUGACCCUAACCCAGUUAAAACCAGAAAGAAAAAAAAUCUCAAAAAGUAAAAGUACUUCAACAGGAUUUGAACCCACAUUACAUAUCACAGCCGCAUGCUGUAUCCACUGAGCUACUGGGUGCCUGAAUUAUGGUACUUGUGUUUCUAGGUGCCUGAAUUAUGCGAGGAUCUUCUAUCGUCUGUUGAUCAGCCUUUGAAGGUUGCUCGAGACAAAACGACUGGGAAAGAUUACCUUUUGUGUGAUUAUAAUAGAGACGGCGAUUCUUACAGGUAUAUAAUAUAUAACAGAGUUAUUAACCCAUUAAGCGCCAGCGCUCUCCCCUUGACGAGUAAAAUCGUCUGGCGUUAGACAGAGUAAAAUACUCUGGCGUUAGACAGAGUAAAAUACUAAAGUAGGGUGCAUCAGGGUGCAAUACAACUCAAUGGGUUAACACACAGAAUAUCAGAUAUCUGUAUUGACUGAUAUCAGUGAUUGUAAUUUUGCAUAUGAAUGUAUCAAUAGUAUGUUCAUUAUUUGCAGGUCACCAUGGAGCAAUACAUAUGAUCCCCCAUUGGAAGAUGGUGCUGUUCCUUCAGAAAAACUUCGCAAAUUAGAACAAGAUGCCAAUGUCGCAUUUGAUCAGUACAGAGAAAUGUAAGCCCAGGGCAAACUAGGAAACAUUGUUGCAGAAACAUUGUUUCCUGCCAGUGUUUCGCCAUGUUUCCCAGAGUGGGCAAACACUAGGAAACAUUAGUGAGAAACAUAGGAAAACAUCAAAUGUUUCUGAAUUUGCUAGGAAACAUUUUUGCUUCUCGGGAAGCAAAUUUUGUUUCCGCAACAAUGUUUCCACGGGUAGGCAAACAGGGAAACAUUUGAGGAAACAUCGAGAAUCACAAAUGUUUCCACAACAAUGUUUCCUAGUUUGCCCAGGGCUUUAGUACACUUACUCAUGACCAUAUGAUUUAUUAUGGUCUAACGAUCUGGUCUUCUGUGCACUGCAUCCAUAUCUCUGAUUACUGAUUGCCCAAUGAAGGGCCUUCUCUCGAAAUGCCGAAGUUUACUUGUAUUUGAAUCCCUCUAAAUCCACAGCUUUCUUGUGUUAAAUUAGGGAGUUUAAGCUUCAUGUUUCCGGGAAUGGCAAACAGCAGUUUCGAAUUUCCUUGGCAAAAUUUUUGUUGAACAUUUUCGUUUCAUAUUUUCUUGUGUCAAAAGAAUAAUUAUGUAUUUCAGUUUUAAAGCAGCAAGUUAAUUUUCUCUUUAUUGCCUGAUGCCGUAAAAUUUUCUUUGCCUGCCGUUUGAUGUAUAACGCAAAGCUUAAACUCUCUAUUAUCACUACCUAAUACCUACCCUGGCACAGACUGUUCGUUCGAGUUUAUAGGAACACUCUGUUACAUUGGCAACCUUAAUGACAUUGUGGCAAUUGGACAUGGACACCUUGCUGUUUAUGCUCACAAUUACCAUUUGCACAUUCCGAUGUUGGUACAUUUUAAUGUUGAAAGAUUGUGCACACACCUUGGUUUUGUUAAUUGAGCGUUCCAUUUCAAACCAUCUCUUUAAAUUAGUCAUCACUACCUGAAAGAGAUAAACAAAGCUUUGAUGUUCGACGGCAAAUGCCGCCAAGCCCUUAAUUACAAUCAAAACCAAGACAGUUCACUUUGUGCACUUGAUUUGUACAUUUCUAACUUACAAUACUGCUUGCUUUAAUUCCCAGGUAUUUUGAAGGUGGAGUCUCAUCUGUAUAUCUUUGGGAUUUAGACCAUGGGUUUGCAGGUGUAAUUUUGAUCAAGAAAGGUACAUCUCUUUUUACACAUGUCAACAGUGUUGUCCAUCUUUUUAGUAACAGGCUUGUGUCAUAAUUUGAAAUUAUUAUUUCUUUAUAGCUGGUGAUGGUUCAAAGAAAAUUAAAGGGUGCUGGGAUUCUAUUCAUGUCAUUGAAGUUCAGGUAUGGGUCUAGAUUGAAGUCGCAUUUUUCUAUAACACGUCUUAGGUUUCAAUAAAUUAAGCACUGUUUUGCAACAGAUGGUGGUCAAUUGCCUGUUAUUAUUAUAGUGAUAUCGUUGUUUGGAGUAGUCCAGCAUUUGGAUGCAAAUAAAUACGAAAGAGAAUUAGUUUCAGUUUGGUUGUUCCUGUAAAUGUCUACACCUCUAAACCACCCACCACUGCCCUGUAAUGAAACAUGUCAAUUGAAAUGAUAUAACUCGUGUAUGUCAUGAUUUUCCUCUUAGGAGAAAUCGGGUGGUCGUAAUGCUCAUUAUAAACUUACAUCAACUGUCAUGCUGUGGCUACAAGUAUGUUUAACCAAUUCUUUCCAAGUUUUUUUUGUUCCAACUGGUAUAUCAUGUUGAAAUCUUGCACUGCAACCUGCAUAUUUUCAUUUAGACCCACAAACAAGGUUCUGGAAUUAUGAAUCUUGGUGGAAGUUUAACACGUCAGGUAUGCAUACACUAUCAGGUCACAAAAAUUGACAUCCCUUAUCAAAAGUUGAACUAAAAUUAUUUGAUAUGUUUUGUACCAAGGUGGAGACAGACAGUCCCAUGUCUGAAGCUGGAUCUCAUAUUGUCAACAUGGGAAAAUUGAUCGAAGUAAGAAAGAACAGAUUGAUAUCAUAGUCUAAAUUUAAUUGAGUUAGUUCAUUGGUGUUUAUUGGUUAAGGAAUACAGAUCUUUGUGGGUACUUUAUUGAUCCUAUCUUUCUCACUUAGGAUAUGGAGAAUAAAAUGCGGAACACGUUAAACGAAAUCUACUUUGGCAAAACGAGAGAUAUUGUCAAUGCUCUCAGGUAAUUCUAUUCAUAUUUUGAUCAGUUGGAUAUUUUAUUUAUAAAAAUAGAUGCAGUGCCAGUCUACUCUAUACAUAUAUAUUUCAAAAAACUUGAUCCUCUUACGAACCAAUUUUCAAGAUUGAUGAACAAUUACCUUGGUUUUCAGAAACGUUGUUUAUAGCAAUGUUUCUUCAAAAAGACUACACGUCUCAAAUAAACAUCACACUUAACAUAUUCUCAUUAUUAUCCUCUUAAUAUAGGAGUGUUCAAAGUCUGGAGGACGCUGGAAAAAUGAAGAAUAUGCAAGCUGAAUUGUUCCAACAUCUGAAGAACAGACAAAAAUAGUUUUCUACUUCGCCAUUUCCUACAAACUAUUUGUAUAUGAUUACUCUGUAAAAUUCUUUCUAAAUUGCAAAUGCAAUGUAUUUUGUUUUUGGUUUACAAAUGCAUAAUCGUAAAAUUCCCAUCAUCAAAUUCAGUUCAAGAGCAACAGCAAACAUAACUUUAUUGGAAUUCAGGUCAUCUUGCUGAGAAAGGGCUCGUAAAACGUUUUACAGCUUUUAGUUUGUCCGCGUAUUAUAUGAUUGUGUACGAAUCAGUACUUAGGUAUAAUCCCAUCUUAUAUAAUCUCAAUUAUGAAGAUACUUCUGGAUUCUUUUAUUUGCUAUUAUAGACGUGGAAAAUAGGAAUGUACCAAUAAAUCAAGUAACUUCAGUUUUUACGAGUUCUUUCUCAAAAGACAAGAUUAUUGUUCAUGUUGUUAAAUGAUGGUGUCACUUCUCAACGCUUCUUUGAGUUUUAGAAAUUUCAGUCUUAAUUCUGAUAAUUCAUUAAUGGUAAAUGUAGAGAAGAGAUUUUGUAAUAUUUUCAAACCUUUGUACUGUAUACUGUCAUAUGUAAUUACUAGUUAUUGAAAAACCUGACAUACUAAACACGUGUCGACUAUUGUGGUAAUAAAUCACCUUGAUUAAACUUUCUCUAUGCUGUGUUCUUUAAUGAGCGUCAGAAUGGGGUUAACAUUUGAAUGUUG